UAUUUCAUUCAGCCAGUGUUUCGUGGGUCGCUUGCGGCAACAGGCUGCUUUUUAUACAGCCCUUUGUCACCACACAGAGGCUUUUUUAUUUGUAUACCAAUAAGGACCGUAUUGCAACCACACUGGAUACCACACAAGCAUGGGGAAUAAAAUUGUGACAUUCACUGAAAAACAACUUGAGGAUUAUCAGGACUGUACAUUUUUUACAAGGAAAGAGAUACUUAGGGUUUUCAAAAGGUUCCGCGAAGUGAAUCCAGACUUGGUGCCGAAGCGAAUGACAGAGAACCAGGCGCAAACCAUCGCUGUACCAGUGGAAGAGAUCGAGAAAUUACCUGAACUUAAGGAGAACCCGUUCAAGCGGCGCAUCUGCCAGGUGUUCUCGCACGACGGCUCCGGGAACCUCACGUUCGAGGACUUCCUCGACAUGAUGUCCGUGUUCAGCGAGGCCGCGCCCCGGGACAUCAAGGCUUGGUACGCCUUCAGAAUCUACGACCUGGACGACGACACAUACAUCGGCCGCGAGGACCUGCUCGAAGCCACGCGGCUGCUCAGCCGAGGAGAGCUGCAUCCUCAAGAGCGAGACGAGAUAGUGGCCAGCGUGCUGGACGAGGCAGACGUGGACGGCGACGGGAGACUCUCCUUCAUGGACUUCGAGCACGUGGUCGUGAGGGCGCCGGACUUCCUCUCCACGUUCCAUAUUCGAGUGUGAUUUUGAAUAAAGUUUGUCUGUGGU